AUGGGUGGCGGCGGGACCGCGACGCAUUCAGGGACGACGAGUGUUCUAAGCGCACCCUCUUCGAUGCCUGCGUAUUCGUUGAAGAAGCAGCAGAAGCAGAAGGGGCAAGGGCAGCAGCAGCAGCAGAAUCAUUUCCAUGCAGCGCACUCAGGUGCGCUGCACCAUCAGCAAUCUAAGGGAAGCAGCAGUAGUCUUGAACAGUCGAUUGGUGGUGGAGCUGGGUCUUCGUAUUGGAACGCGGAUUCUUCUGCGACGUCGUCGAUUGUGUCUAUUGAUCCUGCGGGAACGGCGAAUGGAUCUACUGCGGGGACGCUAACCACUACGAGUAUUAUGGACGGGCAUACUGCGAAGUCGUCUUCCGGGUUCAACACUACAUUUGCGACGACUUCUUCGAGUCAGCAGUCGAAUCCGUCGCAGAACUCGUUGGAUUCGAUGGAGUCGCUCAGACUUGAGUUGCAACUGAAGGAGACGCAGAUCGAGUCUCUAGAGGACGAGAUUACCAAGUUGAAGAGUAUUUUCAACCAGGGACUGACGUUCAAGCAACAUGAGCAGCAGUUGCAGAAGCGUAAGCUUCAACAGCAUACCCUGGAUAUCGACCAGACGCCUGUCGAGAUCCCUACGAACCUGGAGAUUAUUUUUAACAAGCUGGCGACAUCUUUGAAGCGCAAGGACGAAGAGUUGGAGGAUACCAGAAAGCGUCUGGAGAGUAUAAUGACAGCAAUCUCGUUGAACCCGACAAAUUCUGUAACCAGGUUUGGGCGGUACGAUGAGGAGGCGUUAGCGCACAAGAUGGUUGUGCGGUUGGAAAUGCUGACCAAGGAAAACCAAGAGAUGGCGAAGUUACUGAGCUACGGAAGGUCCAAGGAGACCCACAUCGAGCUGGAAUUGUUGAAGAAGGUGAAUCAUGACCUGCAACGUAAGGUUGAGCAACUUGAAAAACAGCUGGGUAAUAAUAAUAAUGCUAAUAACAGCAGUAACAAUAAUAACAAUAAUAAUAACAGCAGCACUGCAAAUAGCACUGCCAAUGGUAGAUAG